CCGCGCGGCAAACUGCAAAAAAAUCGUUGAAGAAAGAUGGCGCGCCCAGCCGCCGUCGCCGCAGCUACUGGGCGACGGUGCAAGGCGGCGCCAGCGCCGCCGGAGAAGCACCUGAACCGCUUCGUCCGCAUCAUCGCGUUCAUAGAGAGGGCCGGCAACGGCCUAGGCACGCUGGUGUUCACAUGGGCAACAGUCGUCAUCCUCGGCGGCUUCUCGACGAUGCUCACCGUACGGGAGUUCAAUUGCGCGACGCUGCUGGCUCUCCUGGAAGCCACAAGGAUGUUCAGCCAAAACAGUAGACUUGAGUACCAGUUCUUCUUCAGGACAAGGGGAGCUUUCAGGCGUCCUCGCCUGAUCAGAUUGGUUCUGAUUGUAUGCAUGACUGAGGCCAUGGUAAUCGUCAUGGCAAAGUUCAGAUUUGCAAAUUUCAGAUUGGCAAAGUUCCGAUGGAGCCCAACUCCAGUCUAUCAUCUAGGUCCGGUAAAGGUAACACCGUUUAUAAUCCUGGGUAUGACCAUGUCCCUGUUUGUAGUUGCCAAGCUUGUAUGCCCAGUGAUCCUUAAGCUGUUCGGCGACCCACAACUCAGAGCUGUAUCACUAUGGAGUCCCCUGGCUGCAAUCCUAUUGUUGGUCCCCUGUCUGUUCCUGGAAACAUCAAUACCCCAUCCAGACAGAUUGCCUAGAUUAAAGGAAUAUUUCGCAUUGCUCCUCACGGCAGUGAUCAUAGUGACAAUAACCAAGUUGCAAUUUCGAUGCAUAACCUCACUAGUGAAUAGUCCUUGUGGCCACAAGAUGUCAUUCUUGCAUCCAGUGAUUCUGUUCUUGUGCAUGUGCGCUGUAAUAGCAAUAUUGGGAUACCUGUUUUCGGACUCUGCCUAUAUAGUAGCACCAAUGGCCUUCUUCCUGAUAUUUGCUUUGGUAUUAGAGUCAUUUGGCAACUUGCAGAUACCAGCAGCGGUCGCACGUGUUGUGAUAGCAAUGAUACAACCAACAACGGUCAUCUGUGUCCAAAGUAUUUUGACAGCAGUGACGCAGCGAACAUCAGGUAUCUAUAUCGGCAUUCCGAAGAAUUGCACCAGAGAACAUGCAUAUCCUGACGGUACUUUAGGAGAUACCAAGAAAAAUGUCAAGUUCUCUCUUGACGUCUUCUAUGUAAUAGUCCUUACCCAAGGGGCACUCUAUAUUGUGGCAUGUGUUCUCGAGAUGUUUUCAUUCAUCCCCAAGAUACACUUAGUUCGUCAAAGCAGGUUCAGACGGAAGUGGGGAAGGAAAUGUGUUGACAUGUACUAUUCGUACAUAUUCGAGCAAUGUGUUUCCGGAGGUGCGCUUGCUCCAAGGAUCAUGGAACUGACCAGCUUCGCCAUGGAUUUCACAAACUCAAACUCACCCAGCAACCAGCUCUAUGGGAUUCAAAUGCUGCACAGCUUUCUGAAAAGAAAGCGCACCAAGGCACUUCUGCUCUUGAGACUCACCACCUCCACAGAGACAUUGAACACACUAAUCACCAUGUUGGGCUGGACAAGUCCAGAGGAUGCACAAGUCAGAUUGCUUGCCACAAAGGUCAUCGUCGAGCUUUCAAGGAGCCUCCAAGUUAUUGGUAUCCCUGGGUCAAUGCAGAACAUAUCUUCACUUCUGGACACCGAAAACCAAUUGAGACGACGAAAUCCGCUACUUUACACAUAUUACAGCCAGGAGGGAAAAGAAGGUACGAUUGUGGACACAGGUGAUGGCCAAGAGCAUAUUGACCAAGAUCAUCCUCAUAACAACAACCGACUGAACUCCUGGAUGCUUGGUUGCUGGCAAUUGAUUUCAAAGCACAAAAAAAUUCCAAAGGAGAAGACAUUCAUAGAGCAUGAUCUCCUUCCUGUACUGGGAAUGUCAAUCCUAGAGACACUUGCAGAAUGUGAUCCUGACAACUGUGCGGAAAUCAGCAGAGCAAGAGACCUCAUCCAGAAGAUUAUAGGGUACACUAACGAGACGCAGCCAAAAAUACUGAAAGGUUCAUCACUGAAGUUGCUGACAAAGCUCUCAAACACUGGUGGGGAAAUUGGUAUAACACUUCGGCAGAAGAUGUCAGAUCAUCCCUUCCUGUUGAGAAACCUGGCAGAAAUCUUGGGUGACAUUGAAGGCAGCCAAGAACAUAAGAAGCUGGCAGCAGAGAUCCUUAGAAACCUUGCCGAUGAUGGAAACACAAGUCAGGAGAUAGGUUCAACCCGAGUGAUCAUUAGCAGGUUGAUCCAGGCAUUUCUUGCACAACAUCCACCAUCAAACACAAAUUCCGACCGGUCGCUACAAAUAACGGCUGGUCAAGCACUAGCCAUGCUAGCGAUGGAAAGUAUCAACAAUUGCUCAGCAAUGUUGAAAGAACCAGGAUAUUCAUUCAUUAGAGAGCUCACUGCCAUGAUCCAAGAUGACAGAUACAAAUAUGUGGCUGCAAGUCUUCUGCAAAAUCUAUGCUUGCAUGCUCAAUCCAAGCUCAGCAGCUCAGACUUGACAGAACUAUCUCAUUCCUUGCGAAAGGUUUUGGAAAGAAUAACUGACACAACAGUCGCAACAGAACUAGAAGUCCUUAUUGGCCUUAGUUCACAAAUAUGCCAUGUCGUUCCUGAAGACUUUGCCCGGGAACUAGAGCAUUAUCAGAUUAAGGAAAGAUUUGUGAAGAAACUAGUUGAGGCACUGAAUGCAAAUGUGAAACCUACUGCCCACUGCCCCAGGAUCAGGAGGGUGAUAGUUGAGCAAGUUAUAUAUAUGAUGGAAAACAAUUGUAGCUAUGCGAACUGUUUCAAUGAAUGCCAGAUGAUGGAAGCACUCACGGUGGUAGAAGAGACACCUUCAAAGGUUGAAAAGUACAGGCUCUUCAUGGGGGAUGCAGGACUAAUGGAAUACAGCAUGCCACUCUCUAAUCUUGUCGCUAGAGCAAAGGAAGAAUUAAUGCAUCAUGUAACAUGAUUGGUUAAGAAGCAUCAGCAUUUUUUUUUCUUUUUGAAUUUUAGAAGCAUCAGCAUUCAGUAGUCACGACUAGCAGUUUAUGUAGAUGGUACUAUUUUGUAAUGCUAUCCAUGUAGGAGAUCUGCUAAAUUAAGAGUUGGUAUCUAAAUUAAGAGCGGGAAAAUGGUAUUAUUAGCAUUGUACACAAGACGACCACGAUAUAUGUGUAACUAAGAGAUUUUGCCUUGCAGCGAGAAUAACUGCAGGCAUUGUAAUGAAUUUAUCUACUUUGGUACCAUUAACAUUUAGUCUUGUAAUGUUCAAAGAAUCAACAGCAGUGGAUAUUUCAGGCGA